AUGAAAGAGAAUCGUCCAAUUGCUUGUUGCAAUGUAAUCUAUAAGACUAUUACUAAGUUGUUGGCUCGAAGAUUGCAACCAGUCCUCCCCUUUGUCAUUAACAAAGCUCAGGCUGCCUUUGUUAAGGGCAGAUCUAUAUCUGAUAGUUUCUUUAAAGGGGAGAAAGGGCUUAGGCAAGCAGACUCAAUCUCUCCCUAUCUCUUUCUUUUGGUCAUGGAGGGGCUGUACUCUAUUCUUCAAAGGAGGAUCUCUCAGGGGCCUUUCACUUUCCAUCCAAAGUGCAGUCUGCAUUCCAUUUCUUUCCUUGCUUUUACUGAUGAUCUCUUUCUUUUGGCUGGAGCUGACCCAUCAUCCAUUCGUAUCAUUAACGAUGCUUUGGAGGAAUUCUUUCACUCCUCUGGUUUGAAACCUAAUCUCGACAAGAGCCAAUUCUUUUUUGCUGGGAAGAUUAUAAAAGAGGUGGAGGCUAUGCUUCGAUCUUUUUUUGGGUCUGGGCUUAACCUUACAAAAGUGGGUGAAAAAGUUAGCUGGUUUGCUGUUUGCACUCCAAAAGCUGAAGGGGGUUUAGGUUUGAAAUCCUUGCGCCAUUUGUGGGCUUUGUGUAAAAGAGAGAACAAUUUGUGGGUGAAAUGGAUCCACAGUUACUUCAUUAAGGAUCAAAAUUUUUGGGUUAUGAAACUGCCACAGGAUUGCUCUUGGACUAUGAGGAAACUGAUGAAGUUGAGAGGGUUGUGUCAGAGUUGGGUAAAGCAUGUUAUUGGCAAUGGACAGCGGACCUUUUUAUGGUUUGAUAAUUGGCACCCUAGUGGUCCUUUAUACAAGCUUUUUAGUGAUCAUGCCUUUGCUAACCUGGGAAGGUCAAGUUCAGCAAAAGUAAGUUCUGUCAUUUGGAAUGGGGAAUAG